AUGGAUAUGCUCUAUACAUUUUUAGAGAGUAAAGAUCAUCCAAUCGCUAAAAAUCAAUCAGUCUUCCGACACUCCUUAGAACAAUUAUGGUUUGGACAAUAUUCUCGUUCUUUAGGGCAACCAGAUUCUUCUGGAUUUGAACAUGUUUUUAUUGGAGAAUUCAAACAAGGUAUAGUUUCUGGCCUUCACAAUUGGAUAAGAUUUUUAUAUUUGGAGAAGAAUAAAAAUAAUUUUCAUUUUGACUAUAAAGGAUAUUUAAUUAAACGAGGGAAUAUUUUUGGAGUAGUAAAAUUCAGUUGGGAAGAUUUAAUGAAACCUGCAGGGUCUUUCCUCAUUGGAACAACGCCAGAAUUUGAAUUUGCUUUGUAUACAUUUUGUUUUUUAUCGAGACGUUUAAAUGGAAAGGGGAAAAAUUGCAAUUUCGAACUUAAUAGAUGCCAAUUUACUUUAAUUAGCUAUGAAUUAGUUCAACAUGGUCGUCUUUUUAUUGGUUCGAUGUAUCCAAGUGCUGGGCAAAUGACAAAUGAAUGUCGUCAGAGCAGGGAUUUAUUUAAUUGA